UUAAAAUAUCAAUAUAACAUAAACUAUAAAAUAUCACGUACAAAAACGUUUUAUUUUUUAAAUAUUUGCAAGGUUUCGCGCCGUGAAUUCAAAUUGGUGCGAUUUCAGUUCAUUUCCUACCGCAUGUGUCGCUGUAGUCGCACGUCUCGAACGAUAUCAGGUGAAUCCCCUAAACGUAGAUCAUUUUUUAUGCAUUGUAAUACUAUAUCAUCUUAUUAGAAUCGAUUACAUCAAGUUAACCUUGAAAAACUAUAAUAAAUGUACUCCAUUACAUCAGUCUUGUCGAUAUAUCAUAAAAACAUUUAAAUUUAUGUAACAAAAUGAUCGCUGAAGAAAUUAGAAAAAGAUUAAAAGGAAUCUCGACUAUUUAAUUUUGUCUAAUAAGACAGAAAAAAAGUUGUAAAAUGUUUCGAAAGAAUCAAUACAAACGUUGGAGCGAGCCUUCGUUAUGCAGGCGCCAUUUUUCAUAUUUGCCAGUGACUUCGGAAGAAAAUGAAAUAGAUUUUGUACAACAACAUGGAGCUUCUGGAGAAGAACAUCACUCGGUGGACUGCUGUUUAUGUUAUGAACAUUGUAAUAAGAAAAAGUCUUCCAAGUAUUUAAUCAACGACAAUAUCAAGGCAAGAUCGAACAGAUUGCGUUCGCAACGAACAAGGGAGAACAUGGAAUUAAGGUUGAUUGGAAGUCAGGUUGAGGAAGCCUUAGCUGAUGACAGGCAAGCAGUUUUAAUGCAACAGUUGGAUUUGAUCAGUAAUGCACUUGAGGCAUUAAUUCAUUAUAUACAAUCCUUACAAGUAACCAAUCAAGCUGCUCAAAGGGUGAUGGAUGUUGGACAAUUGUUAAUUAGUACUCGUAUUACUUUGGUUGGUAGCUCAACAACAAAUUUCAAGUCUUUGGCCGAACAGCUUCAACAGAUGGAGAAUAAAAAGGAAUAUCGAGUAUCAUUCUUACGAGAUUUAAGCGAACAUUGUUCUAAGAGUAUGACAAUGUCUAAACAAUUGCGUAUUUUAAUAGAGGAACAUAAAUCGAGGAAAGAAAAUUUUUCCAUAGCUGCCAAAAAUUUUCAACAUUUUCUUAAUACAUCGAAAUUGUCGGAAUUGCAAUUAGAAAAAUUACGUUGUCAAUAUAAUUCUAUUUUGGAGGAUUAUCAAGAGAGUAGACAAAUUUUGGAUGUAAGAUUGCCGAAAGUAGUUAACGCACGACUGGUAACACUGCACGAAGGUUUCGGAAGGAUCGUAGAAUUUUUUAACGAUUUGGAUUAUUUCAAAGAAAUUCCCGAGAUAUUCAAACGACUAAAAGAUAAUUUGUCUGUCGAGGAUUUAGUAAAAGAACACAACAUGAUUGCCGCGGAAAUACCGGAAAACGUAGAAACGUGUCAAUUGUGUCAAACAACAAAUCGCGUUGAUAAGAAAUAAUAAUAAUAAUGUUAAUAAUAAUCGCACGAUAAAAUUUCAUUCCAAUGCUUCCUCAAACAUAAUAAAUCGUCGGUGAAAAACGUCGUAUACAAAUUGUAAACGGUUUGGGAAGCCUUAUUAUCAUCUCAAAGUCAGUUUAAUCUUCUUACAUGCAAGAACGUGUCAAGGUUUGUCUGUGCCCGGAUCAUUUGAUAAACUAAAAACUCCGUUAUAAUUCAUAGAGAAAAAAAACUAAUAGUUCGUUUUAAGACAGAAAAUAAAACCAAUUUGUAUAAAAGAUUAUACAAAUUUGUACCUAUGUAAUGCGUUAAUAUUCGCAUAAAUAAAGAUUUCAUUCAACGUAAA